AUGUGUCGUCUUGUCAAAGCUUUCCCUCUCGUAGAUGUGUCGUCUUGUCAAAGCUUUCCCUCUCGUAGAUGUCGUCUUGUCUUUCCCUCGCUUUCCUUUCUCGUAGAUGUGUCGUCUUUCCUCUCCUUCCCCCCCUCUAAGUCACUCUCCUUCCCCCCCUCUAAGUCCUCUCCUUCCCCCCCUCUAAGUCACUCUCCUUCCCCCCCUCUAAGUCACUCUCCUUCCCCCCCUCUAAUCCUCUCCUUCCCCCCCUCUAAGUCACUCUCCUUCCCCCCUCUAAGUUACUCUCCUUCUCUGUCACUUCCCCUUUUUCCUCCCCCUCUAAGUCACUUCCUUUUUCCUCCCUCUCUCUCUCUCUCACACUCUUGCCCAUCUCUCUUCUUUUUCCCAUCUCUUCCACUUUCUCUUCCCAUCAUUUUUUCUCAAGCGCAAUUUUACACACGAAAUGAUUCCAUUCCAAUCUUUCACUCAUUCGCUCUCCCACUCUUGCACUCAUUAACUCUCCCACUCAUUCGCUCUCCCACUCUUUCACUCAUUCGCUCUCCCACUCUUUCACUCAUUCGCUCUCCCACUCUUUCACUCAUUAACUCUCCCACUCAUUCGCUCUCCCACUCUUUCACUCAUUCGCUCUCCCACUCUUUCACUCAUUCGCUCUCCCACUCAUUCGCUCUCCCACUCUUUCACUCAUUCGCUCUUUCACUCAUUCGCUCUCCCCUCAUUCGCUCUCCCACUCUUUCACUCAUUAACCCUCCAACUCAUUCACUCUCCCACUCUUUCACGCAUUCGCUUUUUCACUCAUUCGCUCUCCCACUCUUUCACUCAUUCGCUCUCCAACUCUUUCACUCAUUCGCUCUUUCACUAAUUCGCUCUUUCACUCAUUCGCUCUCCCACUCUUUCACUCAUUCGCUCUCCCACUCUUUCACUCAUUCGCUCUCCCACUCUUUCACUCAUUCGCUCUCCCACUCUUUCACUCAUUCGCUCUUUCACUCUUUCACUCAUUCGCUCUCCCGCUCUUUCACUCAUUCGCUCUCCCGCUCUUUCACUCAUUCGCUCUCCCGCUCUUUCACUCAUUCGCUCUCCCGCUCAUUCGCUCUCCCACUCUUUCACUCAUUCGCUCUUUCACUCAUUCGCUCUCCCACUCUUUCACUCAUUCGCUCUUUCCUCAUUCUUUCUCCCACUCUUUCACUCAUUCGCUCUCCCUCUUUCGCUCUUUCGCUCAUUCGCUCUUUCACUCAUUCGCUCUCCCCUCUUUCUCAUUCUCUCCCACUCAUUCGCUCUCCCCUCUUUCACUCAUUCGCUCUCCCUCAUUUCGCUCUCCCCCUCUUUCACUCAUUCGCUCUUUCACUCAUUCGCUCUUUCACUCAUUCGCUCUCCCACUCUUUCCUCAUUCGCUCUCCCACUCUUUCACUCAUUCGCUCUCCCCUCUUUUCAUUCGCUCUUUCACUCAUUCGCUUUUUCCUCAUUCGCUCUCCCACUCUUUCCUCACUCGCUCUCCCACUCAUUCGCUCUCCCCUCUUUCCUCAUUAA